GUACCCAAAGCUUGCGAUUGUAACCGGUGUUACAAUUGUGCCACUCUCUUUGCUUCUCACUCACUCGCUCACUCCUUCCUUAGCUGCGAUCUCUUCUACGAUUUCAGCCCUAAUUUCAGGUAUAGCAUAGUGAUGGAAGUUACUCAAGCACUUUUGAAUGCUCAAUCCAUUGAUGGGACUAUACGUAAGCAUGCUGAAGAAAAUCUGCAGCAAUUUCAGGAGCAAAACCUUCCUGGUUUCUUGGUCUCUCUUUCUGGAGAGUUAGCAAGUGAAGAUAAACCAGUUGAUAGCCGAAAGUUGGCAGGUUUAAUACUUAAAAAUGCAUUGGACGCCAAGGAUGAAAACAGAAAGUGGGAAUUGGUUCAAAGAUGGUUGUCAUUGGACACUGCAGCAAAGGCCCAGGUUAAGGCAUGCUUGCUCCAAACACUCUCCUCUCUUGUACUUGAUGCUCGGUCUACCGCAACUCAAGUUGUUGCUAAAAUUGCUGGAAUUGAGCUUCCUCAGAAACAGUGGCCUGAGCUGAUAGGAUCACUAUUAUCAAAUAUUCACCAAGUUCCAGCUCAUGUCAAGCAAGCAACUUUGGAAACUCUGGGGUAUUUGUGUGAGGAAGUCUCUCACGAGGUUGUUGAUAAAGACCAAGUAGAUAAAAUUCUUACUGCUGUAGUUCAAGGUAUGAACUCAUCUGAAAGUAAUGAUGUCAGACUUGCUGCUACUGGGGCAUUAUAUAAUGCUCUUGGAUUUGCACAUGCUAAUUUUAGCAAUAAAGAGGAGUGUGAAUGUAUCAUGACAGUUGUGUGUGAGACAACUAUGUCUCCCGAAGUGAAGAUACGGCAGGCGGCUUUUGAAUGCUUGGUCUCAAUUGCUGCUAUGUAUUAUGUAAAAUUGGAACCGCACAUCCAGGUUAUAUAUAACCUCACAUCAAAUGCUAUUAGGAGCGAUCAGGAGCCUGUUGCUCUCCAAGCCAUUGAAUUCUGGAGUACGAUUUGUGAUGAGGAGACUGAUAUCUUGGAAAAUCAUGUGGGGGAUACCAGUGGGGACUCUGAUAUACAUUGUUUUUACUUCAUUAAGCAAGCCCUUCCUGCACUCAUCCCUCUGCUGUUGGAAACAUUACUUAAACAAGAAGAAGAUCAAGAUCUGGAUGAAGAUACAUGGAAUAUUGCAAUGGCGGGCAGUACAUGCCUUGGUUUAGUUGCUCUUACUAGCAGAGACGAUAUUGUGCCACUAGUAAUUCCCUUCAUUGAGGAGAAUAUUACCAAACCAGAUUGGAGACAGAGGGAGGCAGCCACCAAUGCAUUUGGCUCUAUCUUGGAGGGGCCUUCCCCAGACAAAUUAGCACCUCUCAUUAAUCAUGCUCUACCAUUUAUGCUCAAUGCUCUAGUGAAGGAUCCAAGCAAUCAUGUUAGAGGCACCACUGCUUGGACUUUGGGACGAAUGUUUGAAUUUCUUCACAGUUCAAUUGUUGGCACAACUAUCAUUAAUGAGGAAAAUGCCCAACAAAUCAUUACAAUUCUCCUUCAGAGCAUGAAGGAUGUCCCUAAUGUUGCUGAGAAAGCCUGUGGAGCUCUGUAUUUUCUAGCACAGGGUUAUGAGGAUGUGGGACUAACAUCUCCGAUAACUCCCUUUUUCAAGGACAUUGUUCAAGCCCUUCUCACUGUUACCCUCAGAGAGGAUGCUACGGAAUCAAGGUUAAGAGCUUCAGCAUAUGAAACAUUGAACGAAGUAGUAAGAUGUUCAACAGAUGAAACAGCUCCUUUGGUAUUACAACUAGUUUCUGUCAUCAUGAUGGAGCUGCACAAAUGUCUUGAAGUACAAAAUCUUUCAUCUGAUGAAAGAGAUAAACAUAGUGAACUUAUAGGCCUUCUUUGUGGGUGCUUGACUGUAAUUAUUCAAAAGCUAGGGUCUUCAGAACCUACCAAAUAUGUUUUCUUGCAGUAUGCUGAUCAGAUAAUGGGACUAUUCAUCUGGGUCUUUGCUUGUAGAAAUGCCACUGCCCAUGAGGAGGCCAUGCUAGCUAUUGGAGCCCUUGCCUAUGCGAUAGGCCCUGAUUUUGCUAAAUACCUGCCGGAAUUUUACAAGUUUCUGGAGAUUGACCUUCAGAAUUUUGAGGAGUACCAAGUUUGUGCCGUAACUGUUGGUGUAGUAGGCGACAUAUGCAGGGCAUUGGAGGAUAAAAUACUGCCUUGCUGUGAUGGGAUUAUGACACAGCUUCUCAAAAAUUUGUCAAGUGAUAACUUGCACCGUUCUGUGAAGCCCCCCUUGUUUUCAUGCAUUGGUGAUAUAGCACUAGCUAUAGGAGACAACUUCGAUAAGUACUUAAUGUAUUCCAUGAACACACUACAAAUUGCUGCAGAGAUAGCCGCCCACACGUCAGGCUUUGACUUGGAAAUGAUUGAUUACAUCAACUCUUUGAGAAAUGGGAUAUUAGAGGCAUAUUCUGGGAUCUUCCAAGGGUUUAAGAAUUCAUCUAAAACUCAGCUCUUGAUUCCUUAUGCACCCCACAUCCUGCAGUUCUUGGAUAGCAUAUACAUGGAAAAAGACAUGGAUGAUGUUGUUAUGAAAACAGCUAUUGGAGUCCUUGGAGAUCUAACUGAUACACUUGGAAGCACUGUCGGUUCUUUAAUUCAACAGUCUUUGUCAAGCAAGGAAUUUUUAAAUGAAUGUUUGACCUCAGACGAUUGUUUGAUUAAAGAAUCUGCUGAAUGGGCCAAGUUGGCUAUCAAUCGCGUUAUAUCUGUUUGAGGUUCAUCUCAGUUAGCAUAUCAUGUGUCAUAAACUACUUGCAUGCAUUUGGGUGUGUCGUGGGGUUGCAUGUGUCAAAUUGUCUCCAUGGUCAGACAACGGAAGGUAUCUAACUGUUUGAGGUUCAUCUCAGUUGGCAUAUCCUUUGUCAUAAACCACUUGCAUGCAUUUGGGUGUGUCGUGGGGUUGCAUGUGUCAAAUUGUCUCCACGGUCAGACAACGGAAGGUAUCUGUUGGAGGGUCUUCAAGUUGUCGCUAACUCAUGCAUCAUGUCCAAUGUGUUACUGACCUUUGCAUGAGCACCAUUAAGUCCAGUGCGUUGAAGUAUGCAUCACUGACUUUUGCAUGAGCACCGUUAAGUCCUGUAAGAAGUUGGUGGCGCGAUUACAAAUGUGGGUUUAGCUCUUCAUGAGGAGUGUAAAUUGAAUGCUUGAGCCACUGUGGGGAGGUAACUGAUUCAUGACUGAGAAACUACUCUACCCCGGAUGCUGAGUUUGAAGUUAAGAUAAGCCCGUUCUAUGCUAAAAAUGGUUCCUGGUCUGGUUGUGGGUUAUUGGAAUAGAUGAACUCCCAGGGUUGAACUGGCUUUCAUCAUCACCACCCAAGUUAUUUGUUUCUAGAUAUUCUCAGACCCAGGGUCGGAGUUUAUUCUCUUCCUUUCUGAGUCAUUUUUUUUUCAUCAGCUCAGUUUUUCUACAUAUAAUUGUUUUUCUAUUCUCGGAGUCAUUUGUGAUUGUUGACCCUGGAUGGGAAAAGUUACUUCCUACUUGUAUUAUGCAUCUCUGUUUUGAUGUCAGUCGGUUUCUGAGGUCAAAAUCAUUUUAUUCCUGUGGAUUGGUACAAAAGCUGGUCGUAUAUUUUGAUGGUGGAUUGCUGUUUCUCUUGUUGGAAGGCAUUCGUCUGGGUUGUACUUGAUAUCUUUACUUUUGUUCAAUAAAAGUCCGUGAAUUUUGGUUUGCAAGGGCAUUUUUCCAUGUGUCCUGUAUACCUUAUUAUGGUUUGGUGGUAUUGUUUUUUUGAGAUUUGGGAUAAAAUAAAGUUGGUUAAUUUUUUGUUUACAGUUUUCGUUUGGAUA